UUUUGUUCUGUGGUUUAGUAUGAUGGAAGAAGCGUGUUGUUGAAUUUAUGGAAUUUAUAUCAAUAACAAUCUGUUUUUCUGGACUAAUUUGAAAACCAAAUUGAAUAAUAGGAUAUCUGCUAGGAUUUACAAACUCUUAUUUAGGAAGGUUUAUUCUAAUUUAACAAGAUGAUGCCUAUAAGCGGCACCGCACCUCAAGUCCAUUCUGGGGGCAUUCAGCAGACUACAGCUAAUACCAAUUCUAAUACAGUCAAUCCAACAAGUGGUACAAAUAAAACGAGUAGUAGCAUGAAACCAUCUUACACAUUGAAAUUCACAUUAGCCGGUCACACCAAAGCUGUUUCUUCUGUAAAAUUCAGUCCAAAUGGAGAAUGGUUAGCAAGUUCAUCUGCUGACAAACUAAUAAAAAUUUGGGGUGCUUAUGAUGGCAAAUUUGAAAAAACCAUCUCUGGACACAAAUUAGGUAUCAGUGACGUUGCCUGGUCUAGUGAUAGCAGACUUUUAGUAUCUGCCAGUGAUGACAAAACAUUAAAAAUAUGGGAAUUAUCCUCAGGGAAAUGUCUUAAAACUCUCAAAGGUCACAGCAAUUAUGUUUUUUGUUGCAAUUUCAACCCACAAUCUAACCUAAUUGUUUCUGGUUCCUUCGACGAAUCUGUCAGAAUUUGGGAUGUGAGAACAGGAAAGUGCCUAAAAACGCUGCCGGCCCAUUCAGAUCCUGUUAGUGCCGUACAUUUCAACAGAGAUGGAUCUCUAAUAGUUAGUAGCAGCUACGAUGGCUUGUGCCGUAUUUGGGACACUGCAUCUGGCCAAUGUUUGAAGACUUUAAUAGAUGAUGACAAUCCACCUGCCUCUUUUGUCAAGUUUUCUCCUAAUGGAAAAUAUAUUCUAGCAGCGACAUUAGACAACACCCUGAAACUAUGGGAUUAUGCAAAAGGAAAAUGCCUAAAAACCUAUUCAGGGCAUAAAAAUGAGAAAUACUGCAUUUUUGCAAACUUCUCCGUAACAGGUGGUAAGUGGAUUGUAAGUGGCUCAGAAGACAAUAUGGUCUAUAUAUGGAAUCUUCAAACCAAGGAAAUUGUUCAAAAGUUACAAGGCCACACAGAUGUUGUGCUUUCCACCACCUGCCAUCCAACUGAGAACAUCAUUGCUUCCGCAGCUCUAGAGAAUGACAAAACGAUUAAAUUAUGGAAAAGCGAUACUUAGAUAUUUUGAAUCUGAUCUGUAUUAUUUCACUUGAUUCAUAAUAAACAUCUUGAUUCAGAUCGAUUGUACAAAAUGGUAACUUUUAGUAUUUCAUUUGAAAUUGUAACAUUAACUACAUGACUAAUUAGACUUCUAUUCUUACAUUGUGCUUGGAAGAUGCUCGAUUUUUCUUCCAUGUAUAAAUGGCAAAUUGUAAAUUUUGGGAGCUUAAAGGCUUUGAAUUAUAUCCCUUAAAAUCAAAUGACUUGAAAAUUAAUAUUUUGUAUAAUUAUAAUUCGCUUUGAUUCCUGUAGGUUCUAGAAUCUUGUACAUAGUUCCGCCCAUACCUUGGUUGUUGGUGAAAAUUUCCUUCUUUUGUAAGAUUGAGGCUUUGUACAAUAAUCAUAUAUUUUUAUAAAACUCAUGUCACAAGAAUCGUUUUCAUUUUAUUGUUUAGGUUAUUGUAAUCUUUCUGUUAAAUAAAUUUAAAUCUAUA